CGGUGGAGACAAAGUUCUACGCAGGAUCCGUUCCCCAGACCAGCCGCCAGCACGGGCUCUCCCUCCCACUACUUUGACCGCAUCUUGCUUGUGACUCCUACUCACACCAUCUUGCCAUUGUCGCGUCCCUAUACGCUGCCACCCCCAGCCAGAACCCUUCAACAAUGGCCGCCUCCGUCAAGGAAAGCGUCACAGAGGCCCUGCUGGGCUCCACCGAGGAGCCCAACCUCUCCGAGCAGGCCAAGGCCAUCUUCUACAGGCACGCGGUCAAAGACGAGAACGGCCAACAUUACCUGGGAAAGGAGCAGUUCAUUGACGCCGUUGCGCCGGCGAGCGAAGACUACCACAAGAUCAAACGCGACCAAUACGCCAUCCUCUUCCUUGUCGCGGACCGCAAGAAGACUGGCCGAGUGACGCUCCACGACUGGACCAACUUCGACAACCUCGUGGCCAAGCCCGACGCUGAGUACGAGAUCGCGUUCCGUCUGUUUGACGUCGAGGGCACGGGGCUCAUCAACUUCGCCGACUUUGAGAGGGUAUACAAUGCGCACAAGGGGGAGGAUUCCCUGCCGUUUGACUGGAACUCGGAAUGGGCAUCGCUAUACAUUGGAGCCAAGAACAAGCGGCACGCCAUGACCUACCCGCAGUUCUCGCAGAUGCUGCGCGGCCUGCAGGGCGAGAAGGUUCGCCAGGCGUUCAUGCACUUUGACAAGAACCACGACGGCUACAUCGAGCCCGAACAGUUCCAGCGCAUCAUCAUCGACACGGCUGGCCACAAGCUCUCUGACCACCUGCUCGAGAACCUCCACACCCUUUGCAACAUCUCCGCUGGUACCAAAAUCUCCUACGCCAACGUGCGCGCUUUCCAGAACAUGAUCAGGGAGAUGGAUUUGGUAGAGCUGAUCAUCCGCAAUGCUUCCCUGAAGAGCUCCGAUGGCAGGAUUACGCGGACAGAUUUCCUCAAUGAGGCGGCGCGGAUAACACGCUUCUCGUUGUUCACCCCCAUGGAGGCCGAUAUCCUCUUCCACUUUGCCGGCCUCGAUGAGCCAUCUGGCAGGCUCAGCAUUAAUGACUUCGCCAAGGUCCUGGAUCCCUCUUGGCAUACUCAAUACCCUUCAGGCGCGGACCUUGUGAGUGACGCUGGCGCCAAGGCGUUCACGAAGACCAAGACCUUCUUCCACGAUGUGUUGGAGUCGGCGCACCACUUCGCACUUGGUUCCAUUGCCGGUGCGUUCGGCGCGUUCAUGGUCUAUCCCAUUGACAUGGUUAAGACGCGUAUGCAGAACCAGCGCAGCCAGCGUGUUGGUGAGAGACUGUACAACAACUCGAUCGACUGCUUCAAGAAGAUCGUCAGGAACGAGGGUUUCCGCGGCUUGUACGCUGGUGUUUUGCCUCAGCUCGUGGGUGUCGCUCCGGAGAAGGCGAUCAAGCUUACCGUCAACGACUUGGUCAGAGGAAAGUUCACAGACAAGAAGACGGGCCACAUCUGGUGGGGCUGGGAAGUCCUAGCAGGUGGUUCCGCCGGUGGUUGCCAAGUGAUCUUCACGAACCCGCUCGAGAUCGUCAAGAUCAGACUGCAGGUCCAGGGCGAGAUUGCCAAGAGUGUCGACGGUGCCCCCAGGAGGUCCGCCAUGUGGAUUAUUCGCAACCUUGGUCUCGUCGGCCUUUACAAGGGCGCCAGCGCCUGCUUGCUCCGUGACGUGCCCUUCUCUGCUAUCUACUUCCCGACCUACAGUCACUUGAAGAGAGACUACUUUGGCGAGUCACCCACCAAGAAACUUGGCGUCUUCCAGCUUUUGACUGCUGGUGCCAUUGCCGGUAUGCCGGCUGCUUACCUCACCACCCCCGCCGAUGUCAUCAAGACUCGCUUGCAGGUCGAGGCUCGCAAGGGUGAGGCGACGUAUAGGGGUCUCACCCACUGUGCCCGCAUGAUUUGGCAACAAGAAGGCUUCCGGGCCUUCUUCAAGGGCGGUCCCGCCCGUAUCUUCCGCUCCUCGCCUCAGUUCGGUUUCACUCUCGCGGGUUACGAAGUGCUGCAGAACAUGCUGCCGAUGCCGGGCUCGGGCCAUGGCGAGGGCGUCCGGGGCCACGUUGAGCCGGCCGUGGGCCUGCACGAGGCCACGGCGCCGCUGCCGUACCUGCGGAGCCGGAACGCGUUGAAGAUUAUCCUGGACUUGGACGAGAACUUUGGACGGCCCAAGCUGCCGGCGGGCAAGAAGUGGGAAGGCUUCCCAGGCUUUGGCGGCAAGAUUGUGGGAGCUUAGAGAGAGCUUAGAGAGAGCUUAGAGAGAGAGAGGGGGGGAACGGGUGGCACGGGAGGGGUGCCCUCGACGGUCAUGAUACGGCGUUUCGCGGCGUCCUGCAACAUCUCGUUUGUCCUUUUGCCCUUUGUUUCGGCCAUGUUUUGGAAGAAAGAAGGAAAGAUACGUAGAGUACCCACGUACACAUCUAGAGAGAUUAGAUAUGUACCCUCUUUCACGGG